CACGAAGGAGAUUGAAAAAGGAGAAUAAAAUGACGUGGGAACCACGUAACAGAGUCGAGGAUGAGGAUAACAAUAACGAGGAUGACGAUAGCGGUAGAAAGAGCGUCGAUGAAAAGGAUCGUCUCGAUUCAAAGGAUUCGGGUACGGGUUCGAGCGAGGACGGUGAACGGCCAGCUCACAGAUUGGACCUAUUACAUGGCACCAGCGGUGGUUCUGCUGGAGCACAGGGUAGAACGGAGAGUGAAUGGAGUGAGUCACGUGCGGACAGUGGUCCGGAUAGUCCGGAAUGUCUAUACGAUCAAAGGGAGCCAAGGCAUCCCUUACAGCUUCAACAUCCGGCAUACCUUGCAUCAAGCCAUGGCCGAUUACUUCGUCAUCCAUCGCCGGAGAGUACGUCGCCUAGUGGUCAUCAUCAUUUACCACCUAGUACGAGUGCACCAUCGACGGGUAGUGCAGUGACGACGAAGCCAAGGAUUUGGUCGUUGGCCGACAUGGCAAGUAAGGAUGGUGAACAACAAAGUCCUAAUCCAACGACGAUGACGGGUCUGACGUCGCCGUAUGCUGGUACGGGAGGAGGUGGUGGAGUUGGUGGUGGUGGUGGCGGUGGUGGUGGUGGUGGAGGAGGAGGAGGAGGCGGUGGUGGUGGUGGUGGUGGAGGUGGAGUAGGAGGAGGAGGAGCUGGUACAGGUGGUGUUCCUGGAAAGCUAGUGAGCCCAUUGGCGAGUCGUUUACCACCUCAUCAUCCGUUACACCCGGUGAUGCAUCCAGGUACACAAUUUGUAAGGCCUCACCCGGACUUUUAUCGAAACUUCUAUGGGGCCUCCCACCUUGGUUCCGGAGAUAUGUCAUUGCUCGAAAGUUACUCGAGAACAUUGGGCGGUCUGGGUGGUGUUAUGCCACCCUCGACCGCUCCGAGCAUAUUAACGUCAUCCUCCUCGUCAAUACCAGGCGCCAAUAACGCUAAACCGUUCUCGAUCAAUGGAAAUUCCGGCGUUACCGGUGGACAUACGGUUAUGCUUACAACAGCGUCGUCCGGUCUCUCACCGUCGUCAUCAUCGACGGCAUCCUCGGGUGGAUCUGAUCAUUCGCCUCAUCCAACCGGUGGCUUGCCACCAAGUCAAGAGCUCAAAUCGCCUGGACGAGUGUGAUUCGACGUAUAAUAAAUAAAUAAAUAAAUAAAUAAAUAAAUAAAUACAAGAAAAAAAAAACAAACAAACAAACAAAAAGUAAGUGUCUCAACUCUUUAAACGAAAGAAUAUAAAGGGGGGAAAAAGAAAA